CCCCCCUCCUGAGGGUACCCACAUCCCUGGACGUGCUCCGGCUCCCGAGGAAAACACGGGAUUUGAGGGGAUGGAUCCACCGCGCGCAUCCCCGGCGGCACCGUCCCCGCCGCGCGAGGCAGCGCGCGCCGGCUUUUCCGGGAUAAACGGCUGGGAAGCGGCGCUUUUCCCGCUCGGCCGGCGCUUUGGGAUGCCCGGUCCUGGACUACAGCUCCCGGCGAUCCGCGCGGGCGGGAAGGGCCGGGCGGCGGGAGCGGAGCGCAGCGCAUCCCGCAGCGGGGAUCCAACGCCUCCGCCCGCGGAUCCGGGACACCCUGGGGCAGCCAUGGCGCUGGUGAAGAGCGGUUGGCUUUGGCGGCAGAGCUCCAUCCUGCGCCGCUGGAAGAGGAACUGGUUUGUGCUGUACCUGGACGGCAGCCUGGUUUACUACCACGAUGAGACGCAGCGGGACAUGGACGGCCGGAUCCACAUCAAGUACAGCUGCCGGGACGUCCGGAUCGGCCGGGAGUGCAAGGACGUGCAGCCUCCCGAGGGGAGGAGCCGGGAAUGCCUCCUGACGGUGGUGCUGCGGGACGGCUCCAAGACCACGCUGUGCGCCGAGAGCCAGGACGACGCCGUUGCUUGGAAGAUGGCUGUGCUGGAGGCUAAAUCCACCCCGGUGCACGUGUACGACCCCUACGACGACGACUACUACCAGACGGUGCCGCUGGACUCGCACCAGGCCGCCUACAUCAGCUCGGGCCACUACGGCCACCAGUACGGAGGUCCCGGGGUGACCCACGUGAUCGUGCGGGAGGAUCCCUACCGCGUGUCCGGGGACCAGAUGGCGCUGGGGCUGCUGGCGGGGGCGGCCACCGGCGCCGCCCUGGGCUCCUUCAUGUGGAUGCCCUGCUGGUUUUAGGAGGCCCCCCCAAACUGGGGCACGGCCCCCCCCUAACCGGGUCGCAGCGCCCCCAGCCCAGUUUAACUCACCCCCUGGCUUGGAACCUGCCCUGAGCCCCCCCCCCCGAAAAACCCCGGGGGCGGAGACCCCGCGCCCGCCCUCCCGCCAGCCCCAGCUUCUGCAUUGAAUAACCCCCCCCGUGCUUCAGAGACACCCUGAAACCCACCCCAGAACUCCACAGCAUCCGAUUCCCGGCGGGAAAGGGCCUGGGAGCUGCCGGGGCUGUCGGCAGAGGGGGGGUGCAGUUCCUCACCCCGAAUCUCCACAGGGAGCUGGCUGCACAAAUACCUGGAUUUGGGAGCAAGGGGGAGUCAAUUUUGGCUGGGUGAGCUCCAUGAAGAGGCUUUUUAGGGGCUUUUUCUGGGAGAGGCUCCAGCACUGGAGCAGGAGUUGACACAAGGGGCAGCCACAGGGGUGCUCAAGAGAGGGGUAAAGGAUUAAGGAGGAUGAAAACCUUUGCAGGAUUCUCGCCCCUUUCCAGCCCCGCAGGCCCGGCCAAGCUGGAGAAAUGGUGCAAAACCCCCAGGAACUGGAGUUAAACCCCUGGGAACUGAGCUGGGAAGAGCCCAGGGAAUAUCCCAGCCGAGUGGGAGGGACAUGCAGCACCCUGAUUUUUAGGAGGGGGAGAAGGGCAGCUCUCCCUGGGGACCAGGAUCCUUCCUGGCAGCCAAGCCGGGAACUUCACAGCCGGGAUUUGGGAUAGAGGGGGGACACAUGAUCACAUGAUCAAGUGUAGGGACAAGCAGCAGCUCCUGGGUUUUUUGGGCAGCACAGGAAGGGGAUUAGGAGCAGCUGCUGAGCAUCACCCUUACAACCAAGGUUUUAUCCUGGAGACAGCACUGACAUUAAACAAAUGUAGGAAUUACAAACAGACCCCACAGCUGGAUAAAGAACCACCAGUGACACCAGCACCCAGCUCUGCCAGUAAAGCCCUGGAUCAGCUCAUCCCUGCACCCAGGGGGUCUGGGAUAUCCCCACGCACAUCCUCAUCCUCUCCUGCCUUCCCUGCCUCCCUCCUGCUGCAUCUGCUCCCGGGAAGGGAAUAAAAACACAACCCCCUGUGCGGUCUAAUAAAGGCAGCGAAAAACCA